AUGGCCUGGCGUAAUCAAGGAAUCACCGGUUCCAACAACAUCCCGUUGGGGCGCAGACGAUUCGGAGGAGACGAUCCUGGUGAGGAUGACAGUCGCACUGCAACUCCAUCGUCUGCGGACAUCGGGUACAAGCGCGGUAGAAGUCCUGUUCGCGCCGAACCCCCUUCUGACGGUACGAAAAGGCGCAAGAAGCGCAACCGUUGGGGCGAUGCGCAGGAGAACAAAGCCGCCGGUCUCAUGGGCUUGCCCACGAUGAUUAUGGCCAACUUCACCAACGAACAGCUGGAGGCGUAUACUCUGCAUCUGCGGAUAGAGGAAAUUAGCCAGAAACUUCGUAUCAACGAUGUUGUUCCUGCGGAUGGUGACAGAUCCCCGUCGCCUCCGCCCCAGUACGAUAACUUUGGCAGACGUGUAAAUACUAGAGAAUAUCGUUACCGGAAACGCCUGGAGGAUGAGCGCCACAAGCUCGUGGAAAAGGCCAUGAAGACCAUUCCUAACUACCACCCGCCCUCUGACUACAGGCGGCCUACCAAGACCCAGGAGAAGGUCUACGUCCCAGUGAAUGACUAUCCAGAGAUUAACUUCAGACCCCGUGGAAACACCCUGAAGAAAAUGGAGACCGAAUCUGGCGCCAAGAUUGCUAUCCGAGGCAAAGGCUCCGUCAAGGAAGGAAAGGGUCGCUCUGAUGCCGCUCACGCUAGCAACCAGGAAGAAGAUCUUCAUUGUUUGAUCAUGGCAGACACUGAAGAAAAGGUUAACAAGGCGAAGAAACUGGUGCACAACGUCAUCGAGACUGCCGCUUCGAUUCCCGAAGGCCAGAACGAGCUGAAGAGAAACCAGCUUCGUGAGCUGGCUGCUCUUAACGGUACUCUCCGUGACGAUGAAAACCAGGCUUGCCAGAACUGUGGUCAAAUUGGACAUCGCAAGUACGACUGUCCCGAACAGCGCAAUUUCACUGCCAACAUCAUUUGCCGCGUUUGUGGCAAUGCUGGUCACAUGGCUCGUGAUUGUCCUGAUCGCCAGAGAGGCAGCGACUGGCGUAACAACGCUGGCUUCGGCGGCGGCCGUAGAGCCAUCGGUGGAGGCGAUGCUGUCGAUCGUGAGAUGGACCAACUUAUGCAAGAACUGUCGGGAGGUGCGCCGGGUGAAGAUGGCCACGUGCCUCAUCGCAUCGAAGCUGGCCCUGAUCAGGGCUACGACGACCGCGAUAUGAAGCCUUGGCAGCAACGAGGCCCGCCACCCAGCGAUGUCGCUCCCUGGCAGCAGAGAGGCCGGGACAACCGUCGCGACGACUAUGGACCGCGAGACCAGGGAAGUGCUGCACCCCCAUGGGCCCAGGGCCGCGGAGGAGGCGAUUACGGAUACGGUGGCCAGGGUGGCCAGGGUGGCUACGGGGCUCCGCCUGGAGCUGCCCCAUGGCAGCAACAAGCUCCCCCGCCGCCUCCUGGAGGACAGCCAUCGUAUGGGUACGGUGGUUAUGGCGGCUAUGCUCCGCCGGUGCCCGGAAUGGGAGCUCCCCCGGGUGCGCCUCCUGGUCUCGGUGUGCCGCCUCCUCCCCCAGGCAUGCCGUCGAUGUAUUAUGGCUCUGGUGGAAGCCCUCCGCCGCCGCCUCCGGGCGAGGGACCCCCACCUCCGCCGCCCAGCGACCAGCCUCCCCCUCCCCCUCCCCCUGCUUAA